AUGCCCCCUGUGGCCGAGGAGGAGACCAACGUCCGCGUGGCGGCUAGAGUUCGGCCGCUUCUAGCCCGUGACACAGCACAGAACUACUGCAGCUGUGUUUCUGCUCAGCCUGGGGGGAACCAGCUGGUUGUCGGCACCAAGCGAUCUUUUACGUUUGACUUGGUGUUUGAGACGGACGCAAGCCAAACAGCUGUCUAUGAUGGCUGCGUAUCAUCCUUGCUGGAUGGCUGCAUGCAGGGCUACAAUGCAACUGUUUUCGCUUAUGGGCAAACAGGUUCUGGCAAAACCUACACAAUGGGUACGGGUCAAUGGGCAUCGGAGGGCAGUGCUGAGGAGGGCAUUGUUCCGAAGGUUAUUCGGAACAGCUUCCGACACAUCGAGGCAAACAGCUCGGCGAUCGACUUCAAAGUUUCAUGCUGUUAUCUUGAGAUCUACAAUGAAGACAUUCGAGACUUGCUGCAGCCUGGAGGUCACAAAGGUCCGAUAGCCAUCAGGGAAGAUGCUGCGGGUGGCAUCAAAGUCUCUGGCAUCCACGCAGAAACGUGCACUUCCGCAGAGGAGAUGUUCCGUUGCCUCAGUGAUGGCUCCGUGCAGAGAACCACCGGUGCCACGCUCAUGAAUGAGCAGAGCUCCAGGUCUCAUUCAAUCUUCACUCUGAUCUUGGAGCAGCGUCGUCGAAUAGGAGGAGGAGAUGCAUGGAGCGAGGAGGAUUACGUGACAGCCAAGUUUCACCUCGUGGACCUCGCAGGGUCUGAGCGCGCAAAGCGCACCGGUGCAGUUGGCAAUCGCUUCAAGGAGAGCAUUUCCAUAAACUCUGGCCUGUUAGCGCUGGGAAAUGUGAUAUCUGCCUUGGGCGAUCCUGCAAAGCGAGGUAGCCACGUGCCUUAUCGCGAAUCGAAGUUGACGAGGCUGCUGCAGGACAGCCUGGGUGGGAAUUCAAGGACCGUGAUGAUUGCUUGUGUCAGCUGUGCAGAUAUCGACUUCGAAGAGACGCUCAACACCUUGAAGUACGCCCACCGUGCGCGAAACAUCAAGAACAAGCCCGUCAUCAACCAUGAUCCCCGCACUGCGCAGUUGGCUGCUAUGCAGGACGAGAUUGUGGCUUUGAGAGAACAGCUUCAGCGCGCCAACGAGGGGUCCUCUGCUGUCGGAGGCCCGGCCGACGAAGUGCUGGAACUGAACCACAAGCUCGAGGUUUCUGAGACGCGUUCCUCGGAGCUUGCAGAGCGCCUGGCGGCAACGGAGACAGAGCGUGAAGCCUUUCGAAAGUACUUGGUGGACGUGUACAGUGCAGUCUGCCAGCAUCUGCCGGCCAUAUGGCAGGUCUCAACACGUGAAGCCCCAUCUGUGCCUGGGCGACGUGCUCUCGCAGCAGUCUGCCAGGUGCUGCAGGCAGCGCAUCGACUGCUGAACAGCGAAGCGGAUCUGCCUGUCGACGAGACGCAUGCGUCGCAGACUUCCUCAGAUGCUGUGCCUGCUAGCCGGCUUCCCGCACCCCCAUGUCAUCUCAUCCAGGAGCGAGCUCCGGAGCUGACAUCGGGUGAAUCUGUUAAUGGCGUGCCAUCGCUGUCAAACACUGCGCCGCAACUCGGGGAACCGAACAAGCUACAGUCUUUGUCGGAGAUGCGCAAGGAUUCGACGACACUGAUUCGUAAGUACCUGGACGAGAUGAAGCGCCUGGAACAAGAGCUGGCACUGUAUCGGCGAGGCAACAAGCAGCUCAAAGAGGAGCUAAAGGAGGCCAAGGAUGAUCUGCAGAAGGAUGAGGAGAUCUUCGAAGAGAAAAUGCGCGAGAUGAAGGAGUUGACGGAACGCAAUGCCUUUCUAGAAGAGAUGCACACGGAGAGCAAACCUCUAAGUCCAGAUUCACGGGCCGGCAGCAAGGAGGGGCCGAAUGCGUUUGCCAUCCAGCUCAGCGAGCUUGACGAUGGCCCGGGACUGAGUUCGACCUCGCCAGCCGCACCUGUCCCUGGACCAGAAGAUGGUGAAGUUGACGUGUCCAAGCCAUGUGACUUGGAGGAUACGCGGGCAUCGCAGCAGCACUUGAGAGAGCAGAUGCAGUCGCUGUCACAGAACGUGCUGCUCAAGGAAGACCUCAUCGAGGAACUGAUGCGCAGCGAGCGCGAGUGGGGCAUUGCACGCCAGCAGUACCAAGCCCGGAUGGAGCAGCUCCAAUCCGAGCUCGAAGAGACGCAGCGUCAGCUGGACACUGUCAAGGUGCGGUUGCAGCAAUCUGAGAUGCUGGAGGAGAAAGCCAGGCUUUCAAGCGAAGAAGAGAAGCGCCGCCUGGAGCGUCAAGUCAACGAGCAGAUGGAUGCACUGAAGAGGAAGCAGCAGGAGUACUCUCGCCUCAAGGACUUGCGACUCAACGAGCGCAAGCGUGUCAAGGACCUGGAGGUUGAGGUCGCGCAGAUGCGACAGAGUCAGGAGGUUCUGGACCGCAGACUGCAGGCGGAGCGCAGGAGGGAGGCCUACCAGAUUGCGGAGCUGCAGCGGAGGCUGACUCGUGAGGGCCAGAAGGUGAAAGAUCUCGAGGCCAAAGUGGGCCACACCAAAAGGCCGGCACCAUCGGCCGCUUUGUCCCGGAAGAACUCUGGCGGUGUGGACCGGCCCGGCAGCGGCAGCCGUGGCUACACCCCAACUUCGGGGUCUGAGUCUGUUACAGAGCGCAGCACUCCAGGCAACGGAAAUGCUACUUCAUCGUCCUCUCGCUGGCAGCACUUGGAACACCAGCUAGACGAACACAUCCGGAUCCUGGAGGCGACCCAAGGCCUCGAGGAGGACUUGCGAAAGCAGGAUGCCUUGCAAAGAAAGCGUGAGCAGUACAUGAACUACCGGCGGAAGAUCGCCGCCAAAGACCUCACUGAGCAGCAGGAGUCCACAGAGCGAAUGGCACAGCUAGAAGCAGAAGCAGCGAGACACGAGCAGGCCUUGCACGACCCCUCGGCCUUGCCCGAUGCUGCCUCCCGAGCACGCGUCGAGCACAGUCGACAUGCCGUCAAGGAGGAGCAGGCAGAGCUACAGCGCAACGUGCAGCGGAAGCAUGCGGAAGGGCUCAGUAUCCUUCACGACAUUGAUGAGCGGCUGGAGGGCUUGAACGACGAGCUCGACUUUCGGAAAGAUCGCAUUUCGAAGGUUCAGCAGUACUUGCGCUCCACAGCCGCUGGGGCGGGGCAGCUGGAUGCCGAGCUCGAGCGGAUCCCGGCUGAGGAUGGUAAGGAGCUUUUGCGCCGCUAUUGCGAGAAGCUCGUGAAACUUCGGCAAAGGGAGAAGCAGCACUGGCAGCGGCUGGAGGCUGCAGAAGCGCAGCUGGAAGAACGAGCUCGGCAGAUCGCAGAGCUGCAGACUGUUCUGCGGCGCCAAGACUCCAAUGCGACGAAGGCCAUCGCCCGAGUGACGAAAGAGUAUGAAGCUCGAAUACGACAACUGCUUCGCCAGCUUUCUGCGCAGCAAAGCGAUUCACGCUCAGAUGAGCCAAGCUUUGCUUCAGCAUCGGGAGACGUCGAGGAGGUGGAGCAAGUGAAGCGCGACAACCAGUACUACAAGGCCGUGAAUCGCGAGCUGAAGAAAAGGCUGCGGUCGCUGCUCGAGCAACGCUGGGAGGGAAAUGCGCCGAGUCGAACACCCCGCUUCAUGCCCACCAGUGAGGACAGAGCACAGUCCAAGUGA